UUCUGCUGCGUCUGCACUGUGGAGAAGACGGAAUUAAUUAUUAAAAACGAAGGGAUCAGUCUGGUAGAGUAGCGCAUCAGGGAGGGGCAGAGAGACGGAGAGCACGACAGAAAGAAAGGGAAAGUGCAGCCCUGAGUUUCUAUACACGCCUAAAAAUACUGUGACUCGAUGCUAUAAAAGGAUAACGCGCCUCCUCUGUGUCAUCUGUAGGUAAAGUGAUCUACUCCGCCGUCCAGAAUUGAAAAGAAGCGCAUCACGGAGACAUGUAAUACAAUAUUAACCUUGAAGCAGCACGUUGGGUUUAUAUCUCUGGUCCAAGAUUAGGGUUCUUGAAGCAAAAAAGAGAUUACUUAGUUAUACAUAUUGUUUACAGUUUGUUUUUAAAUACACAGCUUAUGGGCAUGCAUAUAUGUAUGUGUAUAUUUAUUUUCCUAAGACAGAGAUGACACUGCAAUGUUGAUUGGGUAUAAGAGAAACGACGGGUGAAUUGCAAAGGGUAAACUUAUUUCAAGGUUCUGUCUGUUGACUUUAUAGGCCUCUACAUGAAAGAUAGUAGCGCGCCCUGAUAUUGAAACUCGGGAGAGAACACAGGCGAGUUCACCCUGCAAGAAAGCCAGCAUUUAAAAAAUCAGCUGCAGCGCUUUUUAUAAAAGUGUACCCGGAGAUGUAAGACUUGAACUGCGUCGAAGAUUUCUUAGAAAAUGGAGCAUAUAUUUCGUUUUACCAGUGAGUGAUAUCGCCAGAUCAGUGCAUUAAACAGCGGCUGCUUGUGUAACCGACGUCUUCUAAGUGAUCUGAACAAACAUGUUUGAUUUUGUUGAAAUCCUGGCGAUGGAGCCCUGCAGCCCGCGUUGGGUUUAAGGAGAGGAGGAUAUGGGAAAGAGCGUACCGGAGACACCCAUUCACAUCGCAGUCACCGCACUGGUGCUCCUCGCAGCGGCCGUCUCAGCGGAGGUGAAAUGCGGGAAUAUUUACAAGGGCUUCUCGGACUGCGUUCUGAAACUGGGGGAGAACAUGGCGGCCUACCAAGAGGAGCAGGAGUCAGAGCAGGGGUUGCAAGCGGUUUGCAGCCACUGGGAGGCGUUCCACGUAUGUGCCACCACGGCCCUAUCAGAGUGCCAGGAGGAGGCGGGGCGUAUCUGGGAGACCUUGAAGGAAGAGUCCAAGAAGAUCCGCUUCCAAGGCAGCCUCUUCGACCUGUGCAGCCCGAACGGGGCUCAGCGACUGGGGCUACUAACAAACUACCUGUCCCUCCUGCUGCUGGUGCUCCUCCCCACUGCAAUCACCUGGCUUUCUCUAUAGAGACUGCAGCAGCCAGCACAUACAGACCCAGCCUUGAGAAUGGAAGAACACCCCCAGAUUCAAAGUGGAAUCUUCCUUUCCCCCAUAGUGGCUGGGCAGCACAGCUUACUCAGCAUAGCCCGAGAGGGGUCAUUCGGAUUCAUUCCGCUGUAAACAGGUUCACUCCCAGACAAUCAGUGUCCAUUUGAGAAAAUACUAUUGUAUACUAUAGGACUGGCAAAUACUGUAGCCCACUCAUUACAAUGAUAAAUAUGCAUUCUGUAGAUGUUUGCCAUUGCUGUAGCAUACUCUAGUGUUUUGUUUAGACUGUUGGGGAAUUUGGUUAGGGACGAAGGGGGGAGCAGGGCAUUUAGUUUUUCCCAAGUGGUAUGAGCCUGCAUGAGGUGAUCUUCUUAAUGAGAAAGCGAGAGAGUGAGAUAACCCUUUGUCUGUGAUGGAAUGGUAGUUUAGGAUAGAAAAAAAGUCUAUAUAUUUAUUUAUAAAUGUAUUGUUGUGGAAGUAAUUGUUAUAUUGCCAUUAUAAGUUGCCAGAGCAUAUUUAUUUAUUUUUGUAUUUAGGAAAAACGAGCUGUUUUGCCUUUCGGUCUUAAGUGCUCUCCUUGUUAGCAUAUGGCCAUGAUUGAAAAAAAAAAAAAAAAAGCUUUGCUAAACAUGAUUACUAUUGGUAGAUGUUACCUUUGUGAGAGUAGAUGUAUUUAUGGAGGCCAGUCUUAUGAGUUUUUCUAUAUUUAAAAAGUGGGACUUGUCAAGUACUCGCACUUCCAGUGUUUACUGAUGAGGAGGCUGAUUGAGGCACAUCAUUCUACACAAUGUCACUGACAUUAAAGGCUUAACAGUAUAUUUGACAGAAAGGAAAUUAGAGUUCAGCUUGGAGUAUGAAGAAUAAAUAUUUCAGUCUUCGACAGAUUCAGAGAUCACACACUCUUCAUUCUUCAACCACCAAACAAGACCAACAUGUCAGCUUUACAUUUUUGUAACAAAAACGUAAUUAAGAAGAAUUAAGGAGAAUUUAGACAUCUUUGUAAAUCAGUCACUGCUACUUCAAAAGCUCAUGUUGUUGAAGAUAGGGACCUCCGACAUAUUUUCAGUGUUAUAUAAACUUAAAGCCGUACCCAUGUCUUUGACCUGUGACCUAAUUAGAGAUGUAAGGAUACGAUACCUAUCAUAAUAUGCAGGUCACGAUGCAUAUGAUGGUCCUGAUGGGUCACUUGUAUGAUGCUUUAAUAAGAUCACAUGAUCACUCAAUGAUGGUUUUCUUAAAAGACAUCAGUGAAGACAGAUGGGGAGAGUAUGUAUUCAUACCACCUGUGAAACACUUGCUCUUCAUUCAAGAACCAUGUGGUGAGCUAUGUUGUGCUUUUAGGUUUCUGGAUAAAUAAAUACAAAAUGAAAAAAGCUGUGAGAGAUUGGCUUUCCAUUGUGAAAUUAAGUGUACUAGAAUGUAGUGAUUCUCUGAGUUCCAUUAGGGGUGUUGUCCAGUAAACAUGACCGUCCGUAACGUCAGGGCAUCACACAACACUUCCCCUUUAAUUUUGUCGAUCUAUGAGAUUCAAGGCACAAUGUAAGAGGGUAGAGCCUGGGAGCAAACCCACGACCUCGCACACCACAAGCGAGCAUCUCAACCGCUAUGCAAAAGAACCAGGCUGGUCUGCAUUUGUGAUCAUAGAGUUUUUAAUCUCAUCAACCCGACAGGGGGCAGAAACCUAUACCAGCUGUGCAUCACACUAGAUGGAGCCCAGCAGCAUGAUGUCACAAAGCAGUUUAAGAAAGCGGCUGCAGCAUUGAUCUGGAGAUUAUUAUGAGUGGCAACAGAGAUCAAGAUCACUUGCUAAUCUCAAUACCUGCCACUUCGUCAAUGGAAAAUUAUUACAAGAACGUUACUGUUAACUUCUGUUUGCAGCACAUUAAUAAAAAGCAUGUUGCAGAUCUAUGUAUUCUCUGAUCCAAGUGGUAUCUUAUUAGUUUUGUUAAUUCAUAAAAUCCAUCGAAUAAAGUGAUCCGCUAUGGCCACACUUGCCUAACAAACUUUAUAACAAAUAUGAAGUCUGAAUAUAAAAUCGUUAACAGACCACAGCAUUACCAGCACGGCAACACCAUGGAUCUGGAACCAAUAUUCCACAAGAGUCUUGAUACACUGUCUGGUAUUGAUGUGACCUAGAAUAGGUUUGCAGUAUUUAUUUGCUCAUACCAUUGUCAUGUCAAAAUAUGAAAAUGUUACCAUUGUGAUACCAACCCCUAAAAUGGAACCCAUGCAUUGCCAUUGUAGUUUCAUAUUCAUUGCUGUAAAAACACACCCUGUUUCUUCAUAGUUACCCUGAAUGUGGUCAGAGAAGCAAUCCACUGGACUCCCUCACCCUGAUCCAUUCUAUGACAUGAAGAUACACUUUGGGGGUCCAUAAUAAUCCAUUAUGUCAAGUACCCUGGUCUAAUCUCAUGCAGAUUGUAAAAAAAACAAAACAAUAGGACCCAAAAUGUAUUAUUUUACUUUAUUAUUUGUUGAAUCUGUGUUCUUUAAAAACGUGGACUAAUGCAUGGUUUGUCUUGAAAAGUAUUAGAAACAUAGAGAUCUUUUGUUGCAGUAUCCUUUCCAGAAAUGCGCUGGCACGGCAAACAGAGAAAUCUGCAGGCACUCCACAAGGACAGGCUUGUCCAGGCCGCCCAGACAUUCGGUAAAGUACACUGAUCAUGAUUGUUUCAACCAUGCUGCAACACUGGCCUGACAAACUUAACAGUAAGCUGAACGCUGAGACAGAAUCCCAAGGUAAAGGUAUAAGACACUAAGUCAAGCAGUGUGAGUGCACAAGCCAAGCCGUUUGUGUAUGUGCCGUUCACCUUCACAUUACAGCAUAGAGGCUGUUGUCUGCUUUCUAUCUUCACAUUCAGUUUAGAUAUGAAAUGAUGAUGAUGGCUGCGUCUACGUUAAUGAUCCAAACCGUGGUGGAGCUUGAUACCGCUAAUCUUGAACUCUUGUUUGACCUUCCAGAGCUGACAUACAGUGUUAACACACUUUAUAACAUUGCUAUAUACAGUGCAAUUACGGUGACAGGCAUUUCAAUUCUGCCACUGUUUGGAUUAUUAAAAUAGAACUACUGUGUCUUUGGAAAGGAUGAAGCACCUUGCCAAGGAAAACAAACUUCUUCUGGUUACUAUUGAAAAUAAUAUUACAAAACGAAAUCUUUAUGGAAAAAUUCUAAUGAAUAUAAUGUAAAAGGUAUAUGCAGUCCUAAACAAAAUGUAUUUAUUAAAUAUUUAUAUUACACAUGGAUUUGUGGUAAACAUGGGCAGAGGCUAAACACAACAUAUACAGUAAGCUCUU